CUGACAUAAGGAACAAUGGCAAAGUUCAUCGCAGUGCUCGUCGCCCUGGUUGCUGUGGCUCACAGCUCAGUAGUACCAGUAGUCAAAGUAGAUGAUGAAACUACAAGCUUCGCUUACGAUGUUGCUGAUCCAAUCACCGGUGAUUACAAAAGCCAAGUAGAAUCCCGCUCCGGUGGUGUUGUAAGAGGACAGUACUCUUUGAUCGACCCCGAUGGCACCAAGCGCACUGUUGACUACACUGCUGAUGAUGUGAACGGUUUUAACGCAGUCGUUCGCAAAGACCCUGUUGUGGCUUCCGUAGUUGCUACUCCUGUUGUGACACGCACCGUUGCCGCACCUGCUGUUGUCUCCUCUGCUCCAUCUGUUGUUGCUGCUCGUACUUAUGCUGCUCCUGCUUUGUACUCUGCCUCAUCUCCAGUCGUAGCUAGAUCUUUUGUCGCACCUGGAGUGUAUGCGACUUCUUCUCCAACAGUGUUCUCUGCUCGUACUUAUGCUGCUCCUGGAGUGUAUGCCCGGUACGACUCACCUUAUUACUCAACUUACGGCCUACCCACUACUUCCUAUAAUUACUUGUAAAGUGUAAUACUAUGUCAAUAAUAUGUUUUAAAUGUAUAUACACAUAUUUUAAAUAAAUCCGACUUUAAGUAUAUUUUGUGUAAUCAUAUUUCUACUUUUUUUCCCACGUG